AUGUCGGAAGUGCGGGUACCAGGCGGAGACCUUGCCCCACGUGUCACUGUGGCCCACAUUCGGCCGCUCGGCAACAACGCCAUUGUCGAGAGGCUUGCCUCCAGGCUUCCCGGGGGUGUCAGAAUAAACCAGUGCGUCCCGGGCGUCGACGGAGAUCUCGCGGCUCUGCGGCCCGACUUAGUUAUUACGCACGAGCCGUCGAGAAUCGUUGUCAUAAUUGAUGUGACCGUUCCAUUCGACAAUAAAUUCGAGGCAUCAGAAAGGGCAAGGCUAGAGAAAAUCAAUAAGUACAAGCCACUCGCGGAUACAUUAAUUAGAAACGGUCACAUCGUCCAUGUCGACGGCUUCGUCGUAAGCGCCCUAGGCACCUGGCACUCAAAUAACGACCGUAUAAAUGCACUGCUGCGCGCCCUAGGCACCUGGAACUCAAAUAACGACCGUAUAAAUGCACUGCUGCGCAUCUCGCAAAGAUACGCCUCGCUAAUGCGCAAGCUGAUGAUCUCGGAGACUAUCGCGUGGUCCCGAGACGUGUACGUGGAACACGUUUCGGGCACCCGACAAUACUGCGUGCAGGAGUUAACCGCUCGGGAAGCGACACUCUCCACGAGCACGCCCGCGAGCUCGCCCGCGCGAUCGAACACCUUCGCGACAAACACCUCAACGAACGUCUGUGAGAUCAUAGCAGCGUAG